CUCGCGAAAAGAAUACAAAUACAAAUAUACUGAAGUCAUGUAAGCUUACAGUGUUUCAUCUCAGCUGGGAUUUGGAUAAAAAGGAUACGCUUGUAGUCGUUUAGUCAUACGGGAUCUUAUCUGUGACUUUUGGGCCAAGUUUCGGUAUUCGUGAUCGUUCAAGAUGCCGAAAAGAGAGUCAAAGGCGAAGGUAAAGAAACAUGAAGUCGGAGAGCUUUCGCUGUUGGUCAAUGGUAUGAGCUUUUCAUCUCUGGAUGUCGGAUCCAUCAGGGAUGCAAUUCAGAAACUUGACGCCCGAUUAGAAGAAAAUACAACAAGCUUGCAAGAAAGCUGGGGCCAGUUUGUGGAUGUCUGCAACACUAUUGCAAAGGAAAAAACUCGGAAUCCACUUGCAUGGUUGAGUUCCAAAGACGCUGUGGAUCUUUUAGCAUCUUCCAAUGUUAUACAGACCAGUUCUUGUCCCUAUGAACCCAUAGCACUCAACUGUUUCUUGAACAACGUGAUUCAAGCCUUGGAGAGAAAUCCAGGCAAAGAAGAGUCCAUAUUUGAAGAUCUAGUCCAGUUUGCCUCCCAACAAGGCAUUUUAAUGCCAUUUGGUGCGCCAGACAAGAAUGGAGAUGGUGCAGAAACAUCUGAGAUCCCUCUGAACACUAUUGUCAUAGAAGAUGAACAAGCCACUGAUGUGUUGUGGGAAGCUAUAAGAAGAAAAAUUUGCAAAGGAAUGUGGACACUUUUAGCAAAUCUUCCCCUCUCAAACCAGCACAAUGAACCAAACUGUAAUCAGCAAACUAGAAUUAAACUUUUAGCUGACUUGUGUUUUCUAUACCCAGCUGAGGACAUCUGGAAAGGAUAUAAGAAUUAUAGGAGAAAGCUGUUGGAUCAAUACAUCACAAGUGAAGCCCUUUUAGAGGGAGUAGAAACAGACUUCAAAAUGUCAUCUGAGACACCCAGUGAUGUAAGGAUGUUUGUCAAGUUAUGUAAAGCUGCUGAAAUAAUGAUUUAUGAGGAUGUAAUGAUCGUGCAAGAAGGAAUUUUCUCCACAACAGCACCCAGUUUUGAGUUUAUACAUGAGGCAUAUUUAUUGAGAAUAACUCAAGAAUUGCAUUCUGUGUGUCAAGCAGUGGACAAUAAGGAAAAGGGAGAGCAAGGAAUUUUAAACGAACCAGGACAAGCAUCCAGUCACAGAAGAGGUUCAAAUGUCUCAUGUGGAGGAAGGAGGGGCUCUAGUUUAUCACCUGUGAAAAAGAUUGAUUCUAGAGAUAUUCUUUUAGCCCAUAAACAUUGUUUCAUGGCAGUAAUUCAUUUGGAAGGACUUGUCAAUACAGUAACAAGCCAAAAAACAGAUGGAGAAGGAGGAGCAGGAAUUGGUGGGGCUAGUCUGCAGAAUGCUGCAAGGUCACCCUCUAGUCCAGUUCUAAGCCACAGGAAUCCCAGUCGACAGAGUUCUAAAAAGAACUCUGAUAUGCCAUUAUAUGUAGCAGAGGGAAACUUGCCUUUACCAUUUGGCUCUGGCAGUAGUAGACUUGACUCUCCCCUCAGUAGCCUGUCAACUUCAAACCCAGACUCUCAGUGGCCAUGGAGAGAGGAAUUCAAGAGUCAGUUAUCUAAGAUAUCAGUGGCUUUGAGUGAGAGCAUCAAACGCACUGGUGAAAAGGCUCUGGAGGAAGGCAUGCAGAGGUACAAAUCUACUAAAAGAAUUCCUACAGUCAGGCUUAAAGAUGAUAUCAUUGGUGGUAAAAAGGACUAUCCUAGGAGAAUUGCCAAGUGUUGUGCAGCCAUUAUGGAAGAAGCUGAUGAGGUUCUGCCAUUAGCCAGUAGUCAAGGAGGGAAACUUUUCCAUGUUGUCAGAUCAUCUUUUGUGGAUUCUUUUGAAGCUUGUCUGAAGACUUACCAUGCAAGACUAACACAGCUUCUGUCUGACUUUCCCAAAGUGUGUGAUGUGGAGUGCUUGUACAUUGUUCUUAGUAGUGCUGUUUUCAUCAGGAAUCAUCUGCUUCACUAUGAUGAUGUCUUAGGCUCUGAACCAAGACGCCCUUUUCCUGUGUUACAUCGACAAUUCAGUGAUCUUGUGGAUAGUGUUAGUGAUCAGAUCAUCAGUUACCAUGACAAUGUGAUUUCUACUGUCGUUCUACAAGAUGCUCGCAGUAAUAACUGGUCUGAUGCUAGACCUUUUUUUGAGGAUCAAAGGUGUUCCUUUCCUGUUCAGAUGUGGAACUUCCAUCUACAAGGGUUGCAGGAUGACCUUUGGAAUUACUGCCCUCCUGAAAAAGCUCAGCAAAUGUUUACCUCUAUUCUUCAUAGUUCUUUAGUUACCUUGGUUACAAGAUACAGCCGUGUUUGUCCUACACACAGACGUGUGAAACAGCUCAGAUCAGACAUCACCGCCCUGUUAUUGUCCACAUUGUCUUUUUUGUGGUCGUGUUGCAAGUCAGUUCCAAGUUUAUUAGAUCCUCAGUGUACUGUGGCUCCAUUUCCAACGAUUCACAGCCUUUGCUCGUGUCUGUUAACUACACUGGCUGUUGUCGGUUCUCCUCUGGACUCCCUUUGUUCUUAUGUCAUGCAAAGAUCAGGAUCCAAAGAGACUGCAGACUCCAAGACAGCUUGGUUGUCAUGGAUAUUUCCUGAAGUUUUCAAAAGUCACGAGGGAAGUUUGGCAGCCUUAACAGACAGACAAGCAACAUUUGUGCUUUUUAAACUCAUUGUCAAUCAACCAGCACCUCAGUGGCCGCUAAUCAUACGAGCACUUCUGAGUAGGAAUGCGAGACUGCCUGUCACAGUUGUGAAGUUUGGAGACCUUUGUGAUCUUAGAACUCCAGUGAACGGUUCACAUUCUGGACUUGACCAGGCCGCGGGAUCAAACUGGUUUGACGAGGAAUCGACGUCGUCGGUUCAGAGUGCAAACAAGGUUAAAGAGGGCGUGGUGUGUUCAUUGUAUCACAUUCUUUUCCAGUGUUCAAAUGAAUCACCAGGACUAGUCAACUAUCUCAUGGAAAUUGUUAGUAGGGAGGCUAGCUGGAAGCUUUUUGAUGAUGGCUCUUCAGGAUUAAAGAUUUCAGAUGCUACGAAGAGCCCUGUUUGGCUUGAUUGUGUCUUUAAAACAUUUGAUCCAUAUAUUGUCAGGUUUUUGUAUCCAUCACUGCAUCUGUUGUGUGAGAAGGACAAGAAAGUGACAAAGUCGUACAACUUUACCUCAGUGAGUGCGCUUCCGUGCGGUUGCCCGCGAAAGAAGUCCCCAAAGAACAGAGAUACGAAAAGUCAGACCGAUGUUAUGUACACUGCACUUCAGGAUCUGUUAAAUCAGCUGACAAAGCAUUUCUGUGCUAUCCCGAAGAUCAUGUGUCAGUUUUUGAACAGGCUGGAAGAAUUGAUACAGCAGAAGUCGAUUGAUCUACCAAAGGAGACUGCCGGCAUAACGGUCCUGGCCAGCAUUCUGUAUCGUUGGCUGAUGGAUUUCGACAAAGUUUGUGCGGCCUGUGAGGCCCGGCUGAGCACCGAGACUCAGAGAAGCGUUGCCAUGUUUGCUGAAAUAGUGUGGCAUGUUCUUGUCAACUUAGGAAAGACAAAAGGAGGUGUACGUAACCCAGCUCUUCCUUCAGAUGUUGAUGCGCUGUUGAUAUCCAAGAGAGACUGGUUGAACCAGAAGGUUGGGCAAAUCAAAGCCUUCAUAGCAAGCCAGCCGUACGAAGAAUAUAGUGUAGAGACUGUCAAUGAAUCAUUAGCUGACAUUCAGUUCACUCAUAUGGCGUCUGCACUCCUUGCAGAUCCAAAAGGCGCAGCGUGUCUAAGGCAUGCCUAUAACUUCAUUCAGGCCCAGAAGGACUGGCUUAUGAACUUGGUUCUCGUCCCAGGCUACAUCCUCCCACCUGAAUCGUCAAACUUAAGCGAACAGAGUGGAAGGUUUAACCCACUCCGACAGUUUGCUUUGAUUGGCGAAUGCGCUUUCAAUCAAGACAAGAUAGCCUCGUUCCCUUUUGAUUGGAGCACGCUACUUCGGAGUUGUCUAGGAGCAUCUACAGACAUCGUGAAGCGCCUGGCUUUUAAUAGGAGCGAAAUGCAAGAAGGGGCUUCUCUGGAGGACAGCCAGAGAGAGCUUGUAAAUGCGCUCAAGGCACAUUUUGGUGUUACUGUUGAUAGUGGGGAUGGUCACUAGCGUGGUGAAAGGCGAUCCGCCCGUUCGGACAAACUGAAACUCGUAUAGUCACUGUAAUAAAUCGAGAUAGAUACUAUCUGUCUAUCUAUCUAGUAGAUAGACAGUUUAUUUGAAAAACAUUGCAACCGAACGUUGAAUUACGUAUUCAUUUACAAAUUUAAGAAAUAUAUCAAAAUGGUAACAUACUUUUAAAAUAUUAAAAAUUAGGUAACAUAAAUAGAUAGAGUCAGCUUAUACAAAGCGUUUGUAAAUGAUGAAAGAUAAAACUACGUACCAACCCCAGGUAAAUUAAAAGCGCUUUUUCCUUAAGUCCAUCCUAGAUACAUUCCUGGGCGGCAGGAGCUUAUGCAGCUUGUGAUUUGGUGCAAGAACGUUAGAAAAGAGCUUGUUGGCAAUAUUCUCGCGCCGCUCAUGCAGCGAGAUAAGCCCAGUGCACGAUAGCGCCUCGUCAUAUUCUUUAUCAGGGAAAAUUAUACGUAAUGCGCGCUUCUGGCAUGUUUCUAAAUCAACUAAUAAAUAUUGAGGUAGGCUGCUGUGAAAGAGCGCGUAUGCGUACUCCAUAACAGAUCUAAUACAUGUAAGAUAGAAUAAAACGAGCUCCUUAGACUUAACCUGGGCGCGCUUUAAUUGGCGUAAGAAGUAAAGCCGCUAAUUUGAAAAUGAGACUAUCGUGCAUGAAUUCGAUGGAUUUUGGUAAGAUUAUGAACUGAGAGGAAUGUAAAAAAUAUACUCAAGGUUGAUUUGUCUAUUUAUGUUAAAACAGCUUAAACAGAUACAUUGAAAAUACUUACAAUAAGCUGCGAAAUAUACUAAUUUAUUUGUUAUUCGUGAAACAUUCUCUCGUAUUUUUGCUCUCAUUUUGUUGUGUUACGUGAAAAUUAAUGGGCAUUUGUUCCAUACUCUCUCCUUCCCUCGCUCUUUAGUUGUCUUAUUUUUGUAUUGAGUAGGUCCCUUACAUCUUCGAAAAUGCCUAGUUCAAGCUGACGGCGUGAUGUUAACCCGCGAGUUCUUCCUGAACUUAAGAAAUGUUUGCCUUCGCUGUGUAGACGUUUCAGCGAUUCUCUCUUUGCGAGCAUGUUUGGCUUUCAACUCGUUACUACCUCUACAACUUAUUAGUGGUUGGGUAUCUGGGCAAGAGAUUCUAUGAGCAAGAAGUGCAGCUUCUUCCUUUGAUUUUUUGAGGAAGCCAAAUUUCGUCGGCCAGACUGCUUGAUAACUGUAACUGACUCCUAUUUUCCUUUUUUUUACAUAUUAAUAUAAAAUCUGCUCCAAAAUGUUUAAUUGGAAAGGUAAAAAUAUAUUGUAUUUAGCGUCAGAGACACUUCAACCACAGAACCUUGGAUUAGAU